AUGGCAGAUCGAACACGAGCUGAAGUCAUCAAUGUAAUGAAGCCGAAGGAAAAGCGAGUCACUCAAUCCGAACGGGCUGUCCUGGCAUUCCCGGUUGGCCGAAUCAACCGGAAAUUGAGUGAUGGAAAUUUCGCGAAAAGAAUUGGAAAGGGCAGUGCAGUGUAUUUGACCGCGGUAUGUGAAUACCUUGUUGCUGAACUAUUGGAUGUGGCUAUUGAUGAGGCCCGUAAGAAAAAACGAAUGCGCAUCAACCCGCGCCACAUCACGUUGGGCGUGAGAAAUGAUGCGGAGCUCAGCCAGUUGCUGAAAUAUGUUACGUUUUCGGAAGGUGGCGUCCAGCCAUUUGUCCACGAAGAUUUGAAACAUCGUAUCAGUCCACUCCGGCUAUCUAAGAAAUCAUUGAAGAAAUCGUCGGAGAAGUCGUCGCGACAGUCCUAA